AUGCCAAAACGAUCACAUGACACCGAUGAUAGUGAAGCAACAGGCCAAGAAAUAAUCCCAAAAAAGAUGUUUAAUUGCGGUGAAAUCGUCGCACAGACCAAACUUCUUCCAUUCGCGUCGAAAUAUCAGUUCAUUGAUAAACGUUAUCGAUUCAAAAAGAGAUGGAUAAACGGUUGUCAAUGCAUGGAUUUUCCACUGUCACAAAAUAUAUACGAACAACCGUGCGGUUAUGGCAGGUUGAUACCGAAACCGAAUCCUCCGGUGCCUAGCAAUGAGUUUGCGCCUGUUAAGGUUAGUCGAAUGUGA